AGUUCCCGACAAGCCAUGCGAACUCCGCUCCUCCAUUGCGCCCCCUUGCAUUUCGGAGCUGGCGGAGGGAGGGUGCCUGGGCCGGACCCGGCAGCGGCCCCGAGCGGGCGGGCUCGGGGGAGCAUGGGGGGCUGUCUUUCAUCGCAGGCGGCUGAUGACCUGUCGCUGCUCAACGACUCGACGGGCGAUGGGGCGAGCCUUGGGCCUGGGGAUCCACCUCCACCGCCCAUCCCUGCCCCGCCGCCCCCCUACCAGGAACAUGCACCAAUUCCAGUAUAUCACCCAACGCCCAGCCAGGCACGUCUUGCCACACAACUAACGGAAGAGGAGCAGAUCCGUAUAGCUCAGAGAAUUGGGCUAAUUCAACAUCUUCCCAAAGGAAUCUUUGAUCCAGGCUCAGAGCCAUCAGAAAAGAAAAUCAAAGAGUGUGUGAUCUGCAUGCUGGAUUUUGUAUAUGGAGACUCCAUCCGGUUCCUGCCCUGCCUGCACAUCUACCACGUACACUGCAUUGACGACUGGCUGAUGCGAUCAUUCACUUGUCCCUCUUGCAUGGAGCCAGUUGAUGCUGCCCUUCUGUCCUCCUAUGAGACUAACUGAGGUGGCUCUGUGCCCUUCUGUUGUUAAUGCUUCCAGGCUGUGGCUGUGUGUGGGAGGCUGGGAUAUGGCACACUCUUUUAUUUGCACACCUCUGGGAUACACCAAAGAUCCUACAGCAAAGAACCUGGCCCCAGGCCCUGAGGACAACACAGAACCAUUCUAGCUUGGCUGGCUGUGCUAAAGGCUAACUUGUGCCAUGUUUGAGAAUUGUAACCAGAGUAGGUGGACUUGUGGGGGCAGAUGGCAAAGCUGGAAUUAUCCUUUUACUCCACCCAUCAAUGAGGGUUGAUGUUUGUUAUUUUAAGAUCAAGAUUGUUCUUUAGGAUGUUAUUUACCCUUAUCCAUAUCAAAAUCCCCACUGAGUUAGCAAGCACAGUUCUGGGGUACUACAUGGAAAGGGAGAUUUAAGCCUUUGGCCAAAAAGAGACAGCUGUUUGAAUCUGACACUGGUGGCAAAGAUAAUUUCAAAUCUAAAAAGAAUGUUUAAGGUUGUGGCAGAAUCUGGUUUUGUUGUUUUUUUAAAGCGCCCCCCCCUUUAAUCCCACAAAAGGAAUAGUGCUUCUUUUAACCAGGUGGAAAAAGUAGGCGUGUUAAAAGCUUGGCCCCUUUUGAAAACUUAUCCAAUAGCAUAUGCGCUACAAUGCAGAAAACAAGCCUAAGGGGCUUGUCUUGGUCCUUUGUGGGGGCAGCAUGAGCAGUGAUAUUGCUGGGAGACUGAGCUCAGUUCUGUAGUGCUUGGAGGCAGAGUGCUCAUGUUUAAAGGGUCAUAUUUCAGUUAGGAAGGGUCAAAGAUACUAUUCACUUGCUCUCCUCAAAUAAGAGGGUAGGGUUUUUUUAUUCAUCCUGAAGUAGUACAGUGGCACUUCUGUAGCCUUUGUGGAACAGGCACAAUUCUGCACUGUUAAAAUUUAUGCAGAUUCCACAGGGUCGGGAGUGAUUUUAUCGUCACAUGGAUAGAACCUAUUUAGAGAGCAAACAGAGUUUAUUCUUUUGCACUCAAGUCUCAUUCAGGUACAGUUACCUGGAUUAGACGAAUGUAAGCAGUCUUUCUAUAACCCACUAAGGAAAGCAGAUUUCACACUUUUUUGACAAUUGUUGGCAUGCUUUCAAGGUGAGAGAAAUGGAAGAGUUAUUUGUAAAUAACAACUGUUUAGUGAUUCAGCACAGAAGCCUCCUGUACAGACUGACUGUGGGCUAAGGCAUUCAAGUGCACUAUUUUAAAGGGUGAAGAAGUUCUACUUGUUUGUUGCCCAUUGUUUACUGUUUGCCUUACACAAAGUGAAGACUCUUGUCCCAUAGGAAACUGCUCAGUCUAUUGGUCGGUGCCAUGAAGCAAGCCCAAUAUUUGGAAAGGUUUUCCUUAGUCAUGUUCUGUUUAUUGCCUUGCAAGUGGAAAGGCGUGAAAGUGCUUUUCUGAUUAUGUAUUGUCCUUAACAAGGAUCUAGCACUUGAAAGUAAACUGAUGUGCAUUGCAUUCAAAUGGAAAUAAAAUAAUUACCUAUAA